GCAACAGCCGUGGCUGAAACCUGAAAGCCUGAAACCGAGUUUGAAAAGCGAAGCCGGAGCAGCAGCAAACCAGGAGGGGUGCCCUACCCCACGCCUGCAACCUUGGGAUCGGAUGGACCCUGUCCAAGCAAUAAUGCAGAGCCGCCACCACUCGUCGUCCACUCCAACCACAACCACGCCCUCUUCUAGUCUUCUUCCUCCUCCUCCCUUUUGCUGGCUGCCUGCUGCUUGGUGUGGUCAUUAGCAGACGGAUCGGAUUACCCACUGCGAUUGAUCAGCGAGCCUCCAGGCCAUCCUUGUCCGGGCCUUUAAAUACCUGUCCCCGCGCCACCUUCCCCUCCAACUCCAACCAGACAGGAUAGUUCCACAUCCACAUCGACACCCACAGGGCGCAGCGAGCUGCCCGCUCGAGCUUCAAGUACUCGCCGACGAAGCCGGAGCAGAGGAAGAGACGGUGGGAGAGGAGCAAUGGCGAGCGGGAAGCAGCAGCAGCAGGGCCAGGGCGUGGUGGCGGCGGCGGAGCCGGGCGCGGCGCGGCGGCUGUGGCGCGUGGUGCGCGCCGUGCUGUACAUGCUGCGCCGGGGCCUGCCGUCGGGCCGCAAGCUCGCCAUGGACCUUAGCCUCCUCCUCCACCGCGGAAAGAUCGCGGGGAAGGCGCUCGGCGAGCUCUUCCUCGCCUUCCACCACGGCCGCCACGGCUCCGCGGCCGCUUUCCCCUACGCUGGCGCCGGCAGCAGCAGCACCGCCGGUGCGGGGCCCUUCUCGUGCCGCGCGCUCGACCCGAGCCUCGCGGUCCACGAGCCCGCGCCGGCGGGGCGGCGCGAGGUCGAGUUCAGCUGCAGCAACACCCCCUCCUCCGCGGCGAGAGGCGGGGGCCUCGGCCUCCUCGGCGUCGGCAAGCGCCGCCGCCGCAACCGUCAGCAUCGCGACGACACCUCCGGCGGCUACCUCCAGUACAGCAACUACGACGCGGCCGAGGUGGCGCGGGUGUUCGAGAUGCUCAACGACGACGACCACUACUACCGCGUCUUCGGCGACGACGGCGCCGCCGAGCCGGGCGCGGCGGCGUCCGCCGCCACCUCCGUGACCGCGACGCCUUCCCCCGCGCAGCUGCUGUACUGGGCUGUGGCGCGCAGCCCCGCCGUUGCGGCGGCGAGGAGCAGGACGCCGCGCCUCACCGACUCGCCGGCCGACGGCGCCGGGGUGGACCGGCAGGCGGACGAGUUCAUCCGGCGGUUCUACGAGCAGCUCCGCGCGCAGAGGAGCGCCGCGUCCACCCCGGACUACUACGGCCACACUGCCGCCGCCAGCCCCUACACCACCCCGCGCGCGCGGCGGCCCGUCGCCGCCGGCAUCGCCUAGUUGGAGCAACCGAAAGACCAUCUUGCUGAGAACGAAGUGCUCGCCGGGCGCGGCCGCCGGCUGGCCGGCCGAUGAGCGAAGGUCCUUUCUUUAGGCGUGCUGCAUGAGGCUGCCUCGUGAUCCCGCGAACCACCACCCCCUGCUUGUACACCGCGACACCACAUGUUGCCAUCCCUUCACGUGUUUUGUGCGUGAAACUACCUUGCUGCUCUUCUUCUUCUUCUUUUUUUUUUCUUCAACAAGUUGGAUGAUGAACAUUGGACACAAGGGCUUUGCUGUGCUUGCUCCUGCAGUCAUGCUAAUAGUAUAUGAUUGUCUCCCAAAA